UUCCCCUUCUCCAAUUCCUUCCUUCAGCAAACCCUAGCCUCCACCAAAGAAAGCAAAUCCUAGCCUCCACCCAUAGUUGUCGCCGUCUGUCGGAGUGAGAGACUGCUGCCGCCGUCCAUCGCACUCAAGAACUUCCGUCUUCGUGCUCUCGGGCCUCUCGCCGGAUCCUCCACGUCAGGUGCUCGCAUCUCGCCGUUCUCCUCUGUGCUCGGCUGCUCGCGCCUCCCUCCGCCAGUGAUUGCUCGAGCUGUGCGUGUUGGUUGCUGCUCGUCGUCCGUGGUUGUCUCUGCUCGAUUCUGCCUCCCAGUCUGACUCGAGUCUCGUCUCAGUCACUGGCAUCUCGUGGUUCGUCUGUCUCGUCGCCGGCGGCAGAAGCAACUCGUGGGGUUGUCUCUUGCUUCGUCGCCUUCCGUGGGGUGGUCGCCGACUCGCCGUCGACCGUUGUUUUAUACAGACAAGUGGUUCUGAUUUUGGAAUCAGCUAUGGACAAAUAGCCAACAAUCUUCCCUCUCCAUCACGCGUUGCUGUUCUAAAACGGUUUUUUCAGUUGAACCAUUGGUUGGAUUGGUUGGACCAAUAAAUUAGUGAACCAGUAAUUAAAGUAGUUUGAUGACCGGUCCGAUUUUUAGAACCUUGAUAAGUAGUGAUAAAAGAAAUAAAAAUUAAAUAAAUUACAAAAAUUAUACCUUAAACAUAAGAGAAAGAGAAAGAAAGAGAGAAAAGAGAAGGAAUGAGUAAAAAACACAUUAUGAUUUCGUAUAAAUAGAUGACAUUAAAAAAAAACUAAUUAAAUUAAUUCAUGUAUUUUGUUAUCAUAUUUAUUAUUUACUAAAAUAAUUUAAUAUUUACUCCAAUCAAAUCAAAUAAUUAAUAUAAUUAACUAAAUUAAUUAAUUGGUAUAAUUAAUUGUGAAAUUUGAAUGUCUAAUCAAAUUAAUUAAUUGAUAUCAUUAAUUAGUUAUAAUUGAUUUGCUUUACAAAAUUAAAUAAAAUAAAUCAGAAAAUACUCUCAAAGGCAUGCCACGUCAGUUUCAUCAUUAAGUGUAGAAAUUCGAUUUUUAUAUAAUAGAAUAGAUUUCAAAGUCAUCAGGUACCUAAUUAUUCGAAUUGAAUCAAUUUGUUCUUAAUCAAAUUUGUUUGGUUCGAGUACAUACACAAAAAAUACAAAUCCAAACUAAAUCGAAUCAAUUAUUUAAUUCUAAUUUUAUCUUGAAUCCGAACCAAAUUGACCCGUGCUUAUCCUACUUUAAACGUCACCUCUCCUCAAAACCGCAAUUAAAUCGGCUUGUCCGUUAAAUUUCUUAGUUGGUGGUUUAACGGCUUGAUGUUUGGUUCGGUUUUCAAAACCUUACCAUAUAAAACUCGGUUUAAUUAGGCGCCAGUUGCAUAAUCUAUUUCUAGACUCUUCUUUUCUCCCUUCUCCGUCUCCCGCACCAAUCCAUCUUCGCAUCAAGUUUGAAGCUGACCGACAAAAAUGGCCGGUGGGAAUUUUAUGCACAGAGUUAUUUCAUACGUUGUGAAUGAGGUUGUUGUCAAUGGUCUUGCCAACAGCCCUGCAUUUCAGAGGUUUGCGGUAAGGACAUCAAAGCAAAUUGAAAAUAUUUCGAAACAAGCUGUUCAGAAAAGGCAAGAGUUAGCAGAGCAGAUCAAGGACAUCUCGAAAAAUAUGGAAGAUUCAUUCAAGAGCCGCUGAUUUUGUUAUUCUUCCUAAAUUGCUGAAGAAAAUAAAGGUGGUGAUUUCUCUUUGCCAAGGAUUUUUGAUGAAGACUAAGAUAGAGUGUAUGUAAAUUUCUUUCGUAAUUGACCUUUGCCUGGUUGGUUUUUUCCCUUUUUUCCCUCAUGAUCUGAAGCCUUGUGUAAUUGCCUGCUUCUAGUUUACAUGGUGAACCAGAAAAACAGCAGGAUUAGGAUAUUAUGUAGUUUAUGAUAUUUUGGAGCAGCAUACUGGGCAGCUAUUUCUUUCAAAUUGUAGAAGAUUGAUUACAAAUAAUAUUGGAACUUGUGUAUAGUUGUUCCUUCUUUA